AUGGGCUUUUCUGAUAUUUUUCUGAAGAGUAAGAGUCAUAAUCAGUAUCGAAAAAGCAGUAUCGGCUCUUCAUCGUCAAGGCCGCAAAGCCCAACAAUGAUGGCGUCGCCUCAAGGAAGAUCUUUCAAUCAACCGCUCCCGGACCAGAAGAAGUACCCCAAUAGCCACCGACUCACCAGACUAUUGAUUCUCGAAGGCAAAAUACAUUGGAAUUGUUGCAAAUGCGGGACCGCUGGCAAUCAAUUCGCCGUUCAUCCAGCUGACAUGGAUCCUGAUAAUUUGGCCCAACCUUUCUUCCUCUGGGGCGACAGCUUUUGUGCUGGAUGUUCUCACAACUUUUGCUCUACUUGUAUCGAGGGCCAUAGUUUCUGA